AUGGGGGCCAAAGCAAAGAUCAAUGUCGACGGAGCUGUAGGUCGGCAUGGCCAUUGUGGAGUGGCAGCAGCAGUAUGCAGGGAUAGCACCGGGCUUUACCUGGGCUCUUCUCUUGUUGUGUAUGCAGGUAUUAUUGACCCGACUCUUCUCGAAGCAUUUGCGUGUAGAGAAGCUCUUGCACUUGCAGAGGACCUGAGAAUUCAGAUGAUGCACGUUGCUUCAGAUUGUGAGGAAGUGGUGAAGGACAUUAAGCAAGGGUCGGGAGGAUAUCAUGGUGCCAUCAUCCAGGAAAUAAUUGCUAGGAAAAAUGAUAUGAUUUCAUGUGAUGUCCAUUCAGGGAAGUCGGCUUCAGAUCAUACAACUAAUAAAGGGGCUGGAUUGGAAAGCUUGGAUAAACAUCAGCUGUUACACAGUUUAGUUGACGGCGCUUCUCGGAAAGGAAGGCACAAAGUUAUUUUACCGUUGCGAUCUGGUGCUAUGUGGCAGACUCUUCGGUUUGCAAGCACUAAUGCAGCUAGAAGACCCGAGUUUGACAGUGGCAAUGAACAGGAGGACGAUCAAGACAGACAUCAAGAGAAAGACGUAUCAAUGGAAGACUCUGUGGACUCUGCAGUAGAGCUAGGUCCUGCCAAAGCCAAACCCGAAAUGAAUAAUCAAGAACAGUCGUCUGUGAAACAGAAGUUCUGGGCAAGUGUUCCUGUGAUUGGUCCUGCAAUUGAAGGAGUCGCUUCCAUGAGCAUUGCUGAUUGGACUGGACUCUUUAAUUUCAGUCACAAGAAGGACGAGUUCUUUUCAGCCUUGCAGCACUACUGGCUUGGCUUGCGACUGCUGUGGCUAGAUGUUAGGAUUUCGUCCAGAUUACUGCUGAAGCUAGCCAAUGGGAAAAGACUCUCUAGAAGAGAGAGAAGCCAGCUGACCCGCACAACUGCAGACAUAUUCAAGCUGGUCCCCUUUUCGGUUUUUAUCGUAGUCCCAUUCAUGGAACUUUUGUUGCCUGUGUUUCUAAGGCUGUUCCCAAACAUGCAACCUUCAACAUUCAAGGACAGGAUGAAAGAACAGGAGGCACUAAAAAGGAAGCUCAAUGCAAGGAUGGAAUAUGCCAAGUUUCUACAGGACAUCGUGAAGGAAAUGGCGAAAGAAGUGAAGUUUACACGUAAUGGAGAGAAUAAGCAAAGGGCAGAGGAUAUUGAGCAGUUCAUUAAGAAAGUAAGGACUGGUUCAUAUGUUGAUAAUGGUGAAAUAUUGGGUUUUGCGAAGUUAUUCAGUGAUGAACUAACCUUGGAUAAUAUGAGCAGGCCACGUUUAGUAAAUAUGUGCAAGUAUAUGGGGAUCCAGCCAUAUGGGACAAACAAUUAUUUGCGCUUCAUGCUCAGAAGAAAACUGAAAUGUAUAAAAGAUGACGAUAUAUUAAUACAGAGAGAAGGUGUAGCCUCUCUCAGUGAAGAUGAACUCCGUCAGGCCUGCAGGGAGAGAGGCCACCUUGGUUUGCUUCCAGUAGAAGAGAUGCGUGAAGAGCUGCAAGAUUGGUUGGACCUGUCUCUCCACUGUGAAGUGCCAUCUUCUCUCCUUAUACUAUCUAGAGCCUUCACAUUUUCUGGCAAGAUGAAGCCUGAGGAUGUUGCAGCUACACUAUCAUCCCUUCCUGACAACAUAUUCGGUAGUGUGGGUCUUAGCUUGCCAUCUGAAGAUGCUCUUUCAGCUAGGAAGAGGAAGUUGGAAUUCUUGAAAAUGCAAGAUAAACUUAUCAAGGAAGAAGAAAACGAAGAAGAGGACAUGGGGAAGUUGGAAGACAAAGAUAAGGCGUGCAAUAAAUUCAGUGUCAAGGAAGCUGGUGAUCUGGCAAGAAAGAGAAUGUUAGAGAAACAGGAAGAGCUUUGCAAAGUUAGUCAGGCAUUAGCUCUUUUGUCUUCUGCAUCGUCAACUAGCAAGGAACGUCAAGAAUUCCUAAGCCUUGUGCACAGAGAGAUAGAACUGUACAACUCAAUACGUGAAGGUUCUACGACAGAGGAUGCCAAUGAGGCAUACGUAGCUGCGAAGGGGAGUAAAUCCGCUAGAAGUUCAGUAUCAUCGGCACUCAUGAGGAAGAUAAAUGCCAUGCUCAAGGAACUGAAAACGGAGAUAGAUGAUGUAGACACGGCCAUUGGUGAUGGCCGGCAGCUUCUGGACAGAUCUUGGACCGGUAAUGUCACGUCGGAGGAGGUGGCGGCCGCGGCCGCGUACCUGAAGCACAACUUGGACAGUUCAGGCAUCGAGGAGCUCAUCGGGAGCCUCUCCAAAGAUAAAGACGGGAAGAUCCUGGUUGAGGACAUCGUCAAGCUUGGCACACAAGCUGAGGAAGCGGAACCCGACGACGAAUGA